GGCUCCGAGGCCCCCUUGGAGCGCUUUUGGCGGGAUCUUCUCGGCUGGCUUGGUCUGGGCGGACUUCCUGCUCCCGAGGCCCAGCCGUCUGAAAUCCGGCCCCGCUCCAGGGAGGCGUCUCCCCGCCGAGUCGCAGCCGUUUCCUGGGCGCGGUGGGCCCGGGCGAGUGUGGGGACAUGGAAGACGGCGUGCUCAAAGAGGGCUUCCUCGUGAAGAGGGGUCACAUUGUUCACAAUUGGAAGGCACGAUGGUUCAUCCUUCAGCAGAACACCCUGCUGUAUUAUAAGCUUCAGGGGGGUCGGAAAGUGACCCCACCCAAGGGCCGGAUCCUCCUGGAUGGCUGCACCAUCACCUGCCCCUGCCUGGAGUAUGAGAACCGACCGCUCCUCAUUAAGCUGAAGACUCGGACUUCCACAGAGUACUUCCUGGAGGCCUGUUCUCGAGAGGAGAGGGACGCCUGGGCCUUUGAGAUCACGGGAGCCAUUCACGCCGGGCAGCCUGGGAAGGUCCAGCAGCUCCAUGUGCUGAGGACGUCCUUCAAGCUGCCCCCGCAUAUCAGCCUGCAUCGCAUCGUGGACAAGAUGCGUGACAGCAGCAGCGGGAUCCGGCCAAGCCCCAACGUGGAGCAGGGAAGCACCUACAAGAAGACUUUUCUUGGCUCCUCACUGGUGGACUGGCUCCUCUCCAAUGCCUUUGCCGCCAGCCGCCUGGAAGCGGUGACCCUGGGCUCCAUGCUGCUGGAGGAGAACUUCCUCAGGCCGGUGGGGGCCCGCAGCAUGGGCGCUGUCCGCUCAGGGGAUCUGGCUGAGCACUUCCUGGAUGACAGCACGGCCCUGUACACUUUUGCUGAGAGCUACAAGAAGAAGGUGGCUCCCAAAGAAGAGAUCAGUCUGAGCUCCAUGGAUCUAAGUGGCGAGGUGGUCAAACAGGGCUAUCUGUCCAAGCAGGGGCACAAGCGGAAGAACUGGAAGGUGCGCCGCUUCGUGCUGCGGAGGGAGCCGGCCUUCCUGCAUUACUACGACCCAUCCAAAGAGGAAAACAGGCCAGUAGGUGGGUUUUCUCUUCGUGGGUCCCUUGUGUCUGCUCUGGAGGAUAAUGGUGUUCCCACAGGUGUUAAAGGGAAUGUCCAAGGAAAUCUCUUCAAAGUGAUCACAAAGGAUGACAUACACUAUUAUAUCCAGGCCAGCAGCAAGGCUGAACGAACAGAGUGGAUUGAAGCUAUCAAAAAGCUAACAUGACAAGGACUGACUCCAUUCCUCUCUGGGCUGGCACAGAGGAUUUCCUGGAGAAUGGGCGUGUUAAGACUUGGGCCAGGGAUGUCACCAAGUGGUAGACUGCUUGAAUUCCCAGCCACAAAAAAGAGAAAAGGACUUAACGUUGUACAUUUUGCACUGCUUUGGAUUAAGACUACUGGAUAGUUUCUCAGAUGAUACAAUAGCGGCACUAGGCUAGCCGUGGGUGCCAGUGUGCUGUUGCCCAUCGGGAUGGCCAGCCCUGUCCUCGGGCACCAGAGCCAAAGUCCUCUGUUGGAACCCUCACACUGGCCAUGCUAUUCAAAUGGAACAUCUGAACACACUUCCCUGAAGCAUCAGUAACCCUUACCUCUUCCUUUGGAAUAAAAUUCGACAUUUGUUUAGUUUUUAUUGUUUUCAAAGAUUUCCUACCUAUACAGGCCAAGUAUUAUUCAAGUUAAUUAUGGAGGUAUUUCAAGUGAUCUAUGUCACUGAGACACUUUUAAGUGGGGAUGGCAAAAAUUCAGUUUAAUAGCUUUGGAAAGCCAGCCCAGAAAGAAGUCAUGGAUUUACUUGUAGAACUUAACCACAUACAAAAAACAAAAAAGUAAAAUUACAGUUUGUCUAUGAAAAACAGCAUUUAAAAAAAGGACACAGCAGAAGGCUAGAAGACAUGAAAAUGUAAAGGACAAGUUAAAUCAAGACACAAAGUUUUGGUUUUAAACACGAAUGGAGAAAGGCACCCAGAAACAUCCUAGUUGGGAGAUCAAAGUAGUGACAAGUCUGUCAUGCAGUGUUUUUGAAAGAAGUUUUUAUUACUUUCAAGUUUAUACAGUGAUCUGGCACAUGAUAAUGCCAGGAUUCUUGCCAAGUACAAAUUCUUGGACUUUAAUAAAAUAUGUAACUUACAGGUAAGGGGAUGGGUACUUCCAAAGUGCUUAAGCAAAAUGCAUUAAUAGAUCGGUCUGUUUUUUUUUUUUUUUGCAAUUUUUCGCUAAGUAGCCCAGGCUGGCUUGGAACCUGUGACCCUACCUCGAGUGCUGGGAUUCUAGGUGCAUGCCACUGUGUGCUGCUUGAAUUUUCUCCUCUCAAUCUUACUUGGAUUACUGACCUAACUUAUAAGGAACUUCUAAAUAUUUUUCUUGUUCCUUUCGUUCUAGAAUGCCUUUUAAAGCAUUUUCCUUUUGGCAUUUCACCAAGGCUUAAUGUCCCUGUAAUUAGUUGUACUGCCUUUUGAAUAUUGAUAGCUGCUUAUCUGAAUUACACUGCAUUUGGUUUGAUGGCUUCUUGCCUCCAGACUGGCACAACUGUCUCUUUGUAUUGAGGUCAAGAUUUCCAGGUGUUGGAAAAUAGAUGAUCAGCUUGAGGCAAAUCAGUGAAGGUGGCAAGGUGCCAGAAUUCAGGAAAAACAAUCCCUAUUUAACUGUUCUUGGUGUCCACUGCCAGGUCAUGAGCGGCUGGACCUGACAGGUACCUACUCCGCAUGAUGCAGUAGUUAGCUGCUGUCAGUGUUGCUCUUACCGCCUAAACAUGAAAGUACUGACUUGUUAUAAAACCAAUAUAAUAAAUGGUUUAAAUGUUCAUAUUUUAACAUUACUUUGAACUAAUUUAUGCAUGGACCAACUGAUCACUAAUAUUGUAUGAGUUGAUAGCCACUUGACCCGAAGCAAAGGCAGAUGGGGGAAAUGUGAAACUGUCACUGUCUUAAAUGGAAAAGCUUUGGUAAGAGAGCUAAGGUUUGUUUAGUCAUGUUAGUCCUGUGCAGGUCAGAGCUAGGAAAGCGUCUCCACGCACCUGCCCUUGUUUUAGGUCAGUGGGGCGUCCGCUUGCUGGGUGUGAAUGGAUCUUCUUGCUCAUGCUGUCAGUGAGGCUGCUCUUCCUGCGGCGGGGCUCUUCAACCCACAGCCCCAUGGCAUUGAGCAGGCCUGUGGGGUAAAAAUCUCCAUAGAGACCACCAGUACAUUUCAAGUUAUGGCUUUUGAAGUCCAAAAUUUCCAGUAAACAAAGUUCAGUUCCCCUGGAUACAGCAAAGGAGCACUAGUUACAUUUUGGAAACAUCUUGAUGCUGUCUUACAAACCUACUUUUUGAUGCUGCAGACAAAAAGGGAAGUUAUGUGCCAGUCUCCGUGGCUCCCUCGGAAUGGGCCACCUCCAGCUAGACCACUGGACUGAAGUCAUGGGCUGCUCCACUAAAGGACUGGACUGAAUCCUCGCAAAGGUCCCAAGCUACCUGCGCUCUCCCCACUGCACUCACCACCCAAGGCCUUGUUUUCUCACUCUGCUGCCCAGGUCAGCCUUGCCAUGAUCUGGCCUCUGCCUCCCAAGUGGCUGGGAGUGGAGGCAAAGAGCAGCGUCCCCAGGCCUAGUACCUUGGUACUGAGUGAAGUCUAGUCCUGCGUUGACUGAGA